CUUCACUUCUCAGACACGAACUGCCUUCAAGAAUGAUUUUCCAACUCAAAGGCUUACUAGUGCUUGUCACCGCGUUGACUGUUUUAGUUAACACUAGUUCCAGCACUACUGUUUGUGGGAGAUGGUAUAAGAAACAAGGAAAUAAAAUGACUGUAACCGUCAGAUUGAUGAAAUCCGGAGGUCCAAUGGUUCCAUCCUGGAGGAUCAAGGAGAAGGAGUCGGGACGCCCAACCAGAGAGUUAACGGCAGAUAAGGGUAUUUGCGAAACUUACACCAACACGACCAGAGGUGCCUGCCUGUGGAUCGGCGAUAAUCCCAGGACGCCUACGCCAAAAGGCUUAACUCCAGGUUGGCUUACCGACGAUGACAAGAGUAACUGCGGCAAGCAAUUUAUCAUCAAACAAGGGAAGAAGCACGUUAGGGGAAAGAUCGUUGAUGGUUGUGGCUUCGCGGAGGACGGCCCCCCGGUCACUACUGCACAAGGUUGCUCCGCGAUUUACGUCACCAAAGUGCUGUACACGGAACUCGGUGGAAAUGUAGACGACAAGAAUGAUCCCGGUAAGGUUGAGAUUGAAGCCUGGGACUUUGCUGCCAAAAACCCUCCAGUAUGAGCGAGGUUUUCUAAUCUAUCAAGUGCUACUCUUCUGGCAUUGCCGCAGGAAGUCUUGCAUGUUUCCUUGAAUCCAGCUCAUUUUCUUCAUGUAUUACCAAUCCCGCUAUGCUGUUUCCCUCAUUUCUGAAAAAUGAGCAAUCACGAAUUGGACAAUGUUUUUACACCUUUCUGCGUUGCGAGACGAAGUGCUA